AUGCUGGUGAAGGUCCUCAGUCAUCCAGUAACCCAGGGUUCUGUUUCAGAUGUGUGCAGGGUGAUCGAACUGCUGGACCGGCUGCAGAGAACCGGGGAGCUGCCUCCUCCCAAGCUGCAGGCCCUGCAGAGAGUCCUGCAGAGCAAGUUCUGUGCCGCCAUCAGGGAGGUGUAUGAGCAGCUCUAUGACACCCUGGAUAUCGUUGGAGGCCCAGAAGUCCGAGCUCAAGCAACAGCGAAGGCAACAGUGGCAGCCUUCGCAGCCAGCGAGGGUCACGCCCACCCGAGGGUGGUGGAGCUUCCCAAAACCGAGGAGGGCCUUGGCUUUAACAUCAUGGGUGGGAAGGAGCAGAACUCCCCCAUAUACAUCUCCAGAGUUAUCCCUGGGGGGGUGGCCGAUCGCCAAGGAGGGCUGAAGAGAGGAGACCAGCUGCUGUCAGUCAACGGAGUGAGCGUGGAGGCAGAGCAACAUGAAAAGGCAGUGGAGCUGCUGAAAGCCGCCCAGGGCUCGGUGAAGCUGGUGGUCCGCUACACCCCCAAGGUCCUGGAGGAGAUGGAGGCUCGCUUUGAGAAGAUGAGGAGCGCCAGGAGACGACAGCAGCACAACAGCUACUCAUCUCUGGAGUCCAGAGGCUAACCGCUCCAAUACCUCUGCACACCUCAUCAUUCCACCUUCCUGACUCUUCUCUCCUUGUGGGAGGAGCUUAUGGGAAUGAAAGAACCCCCAGCGUAGCCUGUUACCUGAAGCCAAUGCUAAAGAUUCGGGUUUUUCUCUCCUGCUCCUCCGUAUCUCUCCAAACACCGAGUACUUUUGCUGUAAACUUCUUCUGUAAUGCUGAUCCUCUGAUUCUAUCUCUGUGUUCCUCCAAUGCUGGGGGGGCGGGACCAGUUCCUGGGGGGCCUCUAUCCUGCAACUUUUAGACGUGGCUUUGGUUCAAUACACCUGAAUCAAUUCAUUAAAUGAUUGAGAGGAAGAUGGAGGAACUGACUGAAUGCUGAGGAGGAAACUCAGGUGUGUUGAACCAAGGAUGGAUCUAAACGUUGCAGGAACCC